GUGGCCAAUCUCUCUCUCUCUCUGCUUCUCUUUAAUCUCUCCGUUAAUCUUCCUCUUGUAGUAUUUUCAUUUUCAUUUCUUUACUCUUUUUUAUUUCAUAUCUCUCUGUUCCUCUUCAGUCUCUCUGUACCCUUCUCCCUCCUCCUCUGUCUCCCUCUCUCUAGCGGCGGACUGAUGCACACAGCUUUGUAUUCUCCGCCGUAACUAACUUACCUAAUAUGGGGUGCAUGUUCUCUCACCUCGCCGCCAAAUUCGCCUUCUUCCCACCUUCUCCUCCCACUUACCACCUCACCAAAACACCCGACGGCAAACUCUCCGCCGUCUCCUCCGCUUCCUCCUCCUCCUCAACUUUUCCCUCCGCCGGAGACCCAUCUCUCGACGUAAAAGUAGUGAAAACAAGACGCGGCAACAAAGUCACAGCUUUUUACCUGAGAAACCCUAACGCAAGACUCACACUUCUCUACUCACAUGGAAAUGCUGCAGAUUUGGGACAACUCUUCGAUCUCUUUGUUCAACUCAAAGUCAAUCUCCGAGUCAAUCUCAUGGGGUAUGAUUAUUCAGGCUAUGGAGCUUCUACUGGUAAGCCAAGUGAGUACGAUACAUAUGCGGAUAUAGAGGCGGUUUAUGAGUGUUUGCAGACGGAUUAUGGGGUCGGCCAAGAAGAUUUGAUCUUGUAUGGUCAAUCUGUUGGCAGCGGACCGACGCUGCACCUUGCCUCUAAGCUUCCCCGGCUUAGAGGUGUGGUUCUUCAUAGUGGCAUUCUCUCUGGUCUUCGGGUUCUAUGUCAUGUCAAGUUCAAGUUUUGUUGUGACAUUUAUUCGAACGUAAACAAGAUCAAGAAGGUGAAAUGCCCAGUUCUUGUCAUUCAUGGAACAGAAGAUGAUGUGGUGAAUUGGUUACACGGAAACAGGCUUUGGAAAAUGGCGAAGGAACCGUAUGAACCGCUCUGGAUUAAAGGCGGUGGACAUUGCAACCUUGAGAUAUAUCCGGACUACAUUAGACAUCUCUACCGGUUUAUACAAGACAUGGAAAAUACAACCACUAAGUCUCGUCUCAAAAAGAUUUGGCAAGAAAUCCGUCGGCGAGAUGAAUCCACAGGAUGUUGUAGUUCCGGACUGUGCAGACCUAGCUGCAGUUGUCCCAAACCUCGGUGUCCCAAACCUCGGUGUCCCAAACCUAGCUGCAGUUGUGAUUGCGGUUGCAGCAAAUGCGGUUGUUUCAAGUGUUCAUGUCCGUCGUUGAAGGGAUGUUUCUCUUGCUACAAGAAACCGAGCUGUUUUAGUAGAUGUUGCUGUCCCAAGUUCAAAUGCAGCAGCUGCUUUGGGAAGCCAGAAUGUCCGAAAUGCUCUUGUUGGAAAUGUUUAAAAUGCCCCGAGACCGAGUGUUGUUGGAGUAGUUGUUGCUGUCCCGGUUGUUUUAGCUGGUUGUGUUGCUGCGGCGGAGGGAGGAGGAAAGAGGGGGAGAGGAGAGGAACAGGAACUACUACGGUGGCUAAGAGUGAAGGGUAAUAUUGGUAUUUUGAUAUUUUUGUAUAGAUUUUGUUCAAAAGAUUUGGUAAAACAUUAGGAGAUUCAUUGGAAGAGACUGAGAUUUGAGGCGAAAAGUUCAUCUAUCAUUCCAAGAAUCUAUACAAUAUGAAAAAAAUAUUAAAUCUUGAAUCUUGAACCAAA